AUGUCAUAUAAUUCUGCUGAACAAGAUCGAGACAGGUCUCAAACCAAGGGGCCCUCAGAAGAUUACAUCCCUUUGGCUGACGGUAUCAUUGAGAGCAACUACGAUGGAGUCGUGGAUGCUUUUGAUGAUAUGAACCUAAAGGAGGAUCUUCUGAGAGGCAUAUACGCUUACGGUUUCGAGAAACCAUCUGCCAUUCAACAGAGGGCUAUUUUGCCAUGUAUUGGAG